UGGUCCCCUCACCACCUUGUUCUUUCUGGCCCCAGAGGCCAUCAUCAUCCAGGGCACAAGGGGGCCUGCCCCUUGGCCAGGUGGCUGCCUGUCCUCUGACCCUGGGUUGUCGACGGGAGGGGAGAGCUGGAAACCGGGGUCAGAAGGAUGCCAGCAGGUCCGUCACUCCCUGCCUGGAUCCGGCCAAGUGCGGGGGACCUUGGCCAGCAUCCUAGAGAGCUGGCGCACCUCCUGGGCCUGACGCGGGCUUCCUGGAUUGCAUAAAGGCUCCUUCUCCUUACAUAGCCAGGGCAAAGGUGCAUGACAACUCUGAGCAAGUCAAAACAACCAUCAGCAGCGGGAAACCUCGAUGAACAAACACCGGGAGAGUGUUUCUGCAGAUCCUGCUUUGUGACUUCGAGUGAAGUGUGGAAGCGCUGGAAGCACUUAGACCCUGCCUGUGUCGCAGACCCCUGGGAGGCACCAACACCCCGGAUCGAGAAGCCCGAUGGGAAAGAAUGUCUGGGAAGGACGUCAUGCCGGAGGCUUGCGUGACAGUUUCCACUCACAGUGCGCUCACUCUGAACCUCCCUGCACACAAUGGGCCUGCAUCUCUUCCCACUAUCUGCUAGGAAA